ACUAGACCCACUGGCUGACAUCUUAGUAUUUCUUACCUAUUGUUGUUGUUGUGGUGGUGGUGGUCACUCAGAUAAAAACAAUGAAAGAAGCUUCAAGAAACUGGAAACUGAAGACGAUUCCCUCCAAGCAAAUAAAACUUCCUUCACAGAAUGUGAUACAUCAAAACUCAUCUCUCAUGUUUUGAAGGAAGUCAAUUAAACAUACUUAGAUUUUAGUACAACACCACUACAGCUGUUGUCUAAUUUAAUCCUUUUAAUGACAUCCCAAUGAGGGCAGUUAAUUCUUCUUUACACACUCUAUACCCUCAGUUGCCAUGAUGUGUCCUUCAAUUGAUAACACCUACCAGUUGAUCAACAUGCUGUCUCAACAAACAUACCAAAGUUCUCAAAAGUUUGCUAAAUAUUUUGACUUGUUUUCCAUACAGAGCUUUGUUCCUGCCAGACUGCUGUGUCUAUCACAGAGAUCCUUAUUUUUCUUGACAUGAUUUGCCAUAUUCCUUCUUUUUAAGAAAUUAUUAGCAAAAAAAAACAAAACAAAAAAGAAGAAAUAAAUUUUCUGAGCACACAGUUGUGCCAACCAAGCAAAUGUCAUAAUAAAAAAAUCUUUGUUUAAGGAGUUCCACUGAAGAAAAACUAAAAUUGCUGUUUGAGAAAUAAUGAAAAACACUCAGAAAAAGCUGAAACAAAUCAGGAUUAAAUUUUAAUGUCACCAACGAUAACAAUUUAAUAAUUAAAAAAGAUUAAAAAUUUAGUUUUUAUUCACCAUCCUGUUUAGAAACUGAAAUAAGCAGAAUGAUAUUAUGAGUGGCAAGAAUAAAAUCAUUUUAACUUUCAUUUGGUUAGCACCAGGUAUUCCUGUUUUCUAAGAGUUUGACAAGGUGAUAUAUUUGAAGGGCUGUUUUAAUUGAUUUAACUACACCUACAGUGUUUGACUGGUACUUUAUUUUAUUAACAGCACCAGCAGGAUCUAUCCAAAAUGGAAUCCAACAACUUUGUACCCUCUGAGAUAUCUUCAGGUUUUAUCUACACACUCUCAAUGGCUCUUGUCAUUGAAUGUAUUGGUGGUUUGGUGUGUAACUUCAUUGUCCUCAUUACAUACCACAAGAGUUUCAAAACCCAGAAAACAGACAACUUCCUCAUCAUUAAUUUAAAUAUUGUUGAUAUUCUUAUUUGUGUCACAGCCAUUCCUCUCACACUUGUCCUGUUACAGAGCUACCAAGAACAAUGCUGCAUGCUACCAUGUUUCUUUCACCAAGCCAACAUCACAUUUGUUAGUACAGCUAGUGCUGUCACCCUGCUUACCAUCAGCAUUGAUCGUUAUGAAGCUGUGGUGACACCAUUAAGAAAAAAAGUCAUUCAAUCCAAUAUGAAAAAAACUCUUCUUGCCAUUUGGACAAGUUCUUUGUUUGGGUUGUGUUCUCCAUUUAUUGGGGUAGACUUUUCCUUGUUGCCACCUGUAACAGAAUUGCAUUCAUCAACUUUAUCUUCAAUAUUACCAAAUUCAAAUUCUUCAAACUCAUCAUCUCAUGAACUCCACAAAACCUUCACCAGCUCCAAAGAUGUAACUGAGUCUACAGGAGAUGUCAAUUGGCAAUGGAAACUGCACACAUGCCAACACUUCAUUUAUUCAGCCCAUUUCUUCCCAUUCCAUGAUGUUUACUUCAUGUUUUACUUCUUCCUCUGCAUGACUGGCAUGAUUGUCUGCUAUUACUACAUUUUCCGAGUUGCUAAGCAACGACUCGCUGUCCGUUUAGCAUUAAUCCGGGCCACCCUAGCCUUUACAGGGAGCAGUACUGCAGAGGAGUCCAUUUGGAAACUACAGGACCGGCGUCUGACCAAGAUGACACUGGCCAUUGUUUCUUCAUUCAUCAUUUGUUGGGGGCCCCAUAUCAUUAUUUCCUGCAUCAGUAUUGCUCUGCAUGAUAUAACAGCAGAAAUGCUACGUUUUAUUGGACUUGUCAUUGCUUUCUCCACAGCUCUGUUACAUCCACUUCUUUAUACAUUCAUGCGACAAGACUUCCAGAGGGCACUCAGAAACAAGUGGAUGACACAGAAAGUACUGCGUAGAAAUCCUAAAAUUGGAACAGAUGCUUCUGCUACCCACAAUGGAAGCAUUUGGACUUUGACACGGGACACAAUUAAUGAUACAACCUCAGCAGAAUAAUGGGUUUUUAUCGUUUCUAUUGGAACAAAUAGAGUGGGAGAGAACUGAUUGUAAAUUUUACAGACACUAACAAAUGCACUCACACAUACAUAAUAUGCACAGCACAUACAGACAAUAAUAUGCACACUAACAUAUAUAUACCUCACAUACACAGAGUGACAUACCAUACAUGUAAUCAUACAGACAGUAACAUACAUAUCCACAUACUAAAAUGACAAACAACUGGACACAUACACAAUAUUAUAAUAAUACUGUUUUUCUUCAGUUGUUAAAACAUUCUCCUUCAUUUCUUUUAAAUUUUCAAUAAAAUAUUUAUAAAAAGAA